GGCGUAACUCUAAGCCUGUACAAACAUCAGCUUAACGUCGAUUCAACCUUGUUUUUUUUUUUUUAGCAUGUGACUGCUGUUGACAAAUGACAAAGAAUGUACAAACUCAAACUUUUUAAAGCAAAUAUUUGCUCUAUAGUUGCACAAUUGAAAUGCUAGACUAGAAUUUAGUCGAUGUCAUGUCUCCACAUACACAUCGCUUCAAGACCUCGACACAACCAAUAGAUCGAUACCUGCUAUGCCAACAAUGGUGUUCCGAUCAAUCAAUAACUGCGUUCAAUACAAUCUUUGAGUUUCCGCCCGUCCCUUCUCUUCUUUUGUGUUGCCAUACUUCCAACAUUACACAUGGAGUCCAAGCCUGUGGCUGUCACUACUCAUUCUACAUGGCUAUCAGAUUUGUUACUAGUAGCAGCCUAGCCAGCACUGUCUCAUCAGGGUCAGAUCUACUCACAGAAACACAAUGUAGAAUGAAUAAUGUUCAAUUUAUGUCUGGUCCAGAUAUUUCCGGCUUUGACAGAAAUAAGCCACUCAGCAAAAUAAAAGAUAAAAGAGGAUCAUUUCCAUUUAUUGAAAAAGCAUUUUUCGAGCAGGACAGGGAGGAUAAGGGGCUGAACUCUUUGUCAGUGUGUAAAUCUGUGAGUUUUAAAAACAUAAACCUAAAGAACAGUUUGAUCAAAGGAGAACAACUCCUAUCAUUCAAGGGCAGCAAUUCCGCUACAGCGCCAGAUACAGAUGAAGUUCUUUCUGUGGAAACGUUUCUUAGUUCUUCCAACACAUCUGGUGCAAAUUAUGCUUCGACUGUUUCCAGCUCUACAAAACCAGUUUUGGCCAAUGGUCAACCGACUUUAACUAUGACCACAAACAGUGUGCUACAAAGAAAACCAGUGGCCAUGAUUACAACUAAUAGUAAAUCUAACCCAAGCUACGCUUACAAUGGCAUUAACAAUGGCAUUACAAUCAGAUCCAUGGGAGGUAACUUCAACAGUAAAGAAGAGCCCAAGUAUGCUGAUCCUCUGAGUGGUGCUACAGCAUCUUUUCAGCAAAGAAUCAUGGAGUUGGCAUCACUUGAGGCAGAGACUAUCAGAUGGGAGAGGCUUAAAAAAGUGAAGAAAAAAACUAAAGACAGAGAUUCCUAGUGACUUGGUGUGAUCAAUUGUUACUGUUAUUUUUGUCUGUGAUCUUAGAAUUUCAAUAUUUCACAAAUGCUGUGUAACUCUUGUACAGUAUGUCAACAAUUUGUAUGCAAAUAAAAAGUUUUUUUCCCCUGUUAAA